UGUUCCUGUGGGCAGCGAAGGGCCGGGCUCCGCACUUCCUCUUCCCCCAGGAAGAGCCCGGCCCUCCCCACCGAGCACCGGACACAGGGUGCCCCCAACCAGGCCGCCAUGGGGUCCCUGUUCCGCAGUGAGGAGGUCUGCCUGGCGCAGCUCUUCCUGCACUCGGCCUCGGCGUACAGCUGUGUCAGUGAGCUGGGCGAGAGGGGGCUGCUGGAGUUCAGGGAUCUGAACCCCCACGUGAGCGCCUUCCAGCGGCGCUUUGUGGGCGAGGUGCGGCGCUGCGAGGAGAUGGAGAAGACCUUCACCUUCCUGCAGCAGGAGCUGCAGGGGGCUGGGCGAGUGCUGGGGCCGUGCACCGAAAACCCUCCAGCACCCGUGGCCCGCGAGGCUCUACGAGUUCAGGAGCAAUCAGAGCAGCUGGCGAGGGAGCUGCGCGAGGUCAGCCGCAACCGUGCUGCCCUGCGAGGGCGCCUGCAGGACCUGCGCCAAUACCUGCACGUCCUGCGUGAAGGCCAGCGCCUCACAAGCAUGCCGGGCCCCCCUGGUUCGCCGACAUCAAGCCGGGCGUUCUCUGAGCACGAGCCGCUGCUCGACCCCUCUGUGCAGCACCACCUUGACCGCAAGAUCAAGUGA